GGCUACGGCUGGCAGGUAGUCAGGUCCAACAGUUAUUGCGAGUCACCCAACAACGACGAACCCUCACCGCGCCGCUCCCGCCAUCUCCUCCCAAUCCAGGCCGCCCGCCGCGCUUCACCCUUCUCUCCUGCUGGACUCCGACUCCUCCACAGAAGCCACCGCCGGACGAUCCGCAUGAGGACGCCACCUCGCUCCUCCUCCUCCUCCUCCUCCUGGUGCUGCUAGGGCGGGUCGGCAUGGAUGAAGCCUCCGCCGCCGACGCUGCCGCCUCCUCGGCCGGCGGGAGGUGGUACACGGGCAUGUCCUCCGACAACGUCAAGGGGCUCAUCCUCGCGCUCUCCUCCAGCCUCUUCAUCGGCGCCAGCUUCAUCAUCAAGAAGAAGGGACUCAAGAAGGCCGCCUCCUCCUCCGGCGUCAGGGCCGGGGUUGGUGGUUAUUCUUACUUAUUUGAGCCUCUUUGGUGGGUUGGCAUGAUAACAAUGGUUGUUGGGGAAGUUGCAAAUUUUGCAGCGUAUGCAUUUGCACCAGCUAUUUUGGUUACUCCUCUUGGUGCUCUUAGCAUAAUUAUCAGUGCUGUACUUGCACAUGUAAUGCUGCGCGAGAAGCUGCACAUAUUCGGCAUUCUUGGAUGUGUCUUAUGUGUUGUAGGAUCCACUACAAUUGUUCUUCAUGCCCCUCCAGAGCGUCAAAUUGAGUCAGUGACAGAAGUGUGGGGUCUGGCUACUGAACCAGCCUUCGUGUGUUAUGUAGCCAUAGUACUUGCUAUAGUUGCCGUACUUGUGUACAAGUCUGUUCCACUUUAUGGACAGACCCAUGUCAUGGUGUAUAUCGGUGUUUGCUCUCUUGUAGGUUCCAUCUCGGUCAUGAGUGUAAAAGCUCUUGGGAUAGCUUUGAAGGUGACCUUUUCUGGAACAAACCAACUCAUAUAUCCACAGACAUGGGCUUUUACUACGGUUGUCAUCGCAUGCGUCAUUACUCAAAUGAAUUAUUUGAACAAGGCCCUUGACACAUUUAAUACAGCAGUUGUAUCCCCCAUAUAUUAUACCAUGUUCACAUCUCUAACCAUCUUGGCUAGUGUCAUCAUGUUCAAGGACUGGGACAGGCAAAAUCCAACACAGAUCGUGACAGAGAUGUGCGGUUUCGUCACGAUCCUUUCGGGGACGUUUCUACUUCACAAAACAAAGGACAUGGCUGAGGGGCUUUCAAACUCAUCUUCAUUCCGUCUUCCAACCUCUUCAUCGAUGCGGUCUCCGAAGCAAACGGAUGAAUAUAGUGAAGGAAUCCCUCUCAGAUCAUCAGAAUCAUUCCGAGGACCAUACUGAUGCCUGUUUGCUGAAAUUUUUCACCGAGUUGGGGAUAAAUGCUCAGGAGCAAACUUGUACUCAGAACUGUUUAACAUGUGUCAUUUCGUAUGUUUUUACAGCUUUGUUGUUAAGCCCCAGGGUAUCUUGUAGGUGGUUAGCUUAGAAUUGGACUGGAAAUGCUGUCUUGUUCUGUAGUGCUGUAUAAUGGAUGAUCAAGCAGGGUACUGAAAAUUUAACAUAGUUUACAUUUUUGUUGAAAUAGUUUUAGUGAAUACGACAGUGCAGAUAAACAUCUUGGCUCAGAUGUAAUUUGUGUUAUACUUGUUCAGAAAAAGUUGAUAUACCAUUAUUGUUAAA